AUGAUAUACAGGAGUAAGGCGUCCGGCUUUAGCGCGUACAAGACGUGUAGAGAAUCUUACCAUGUUCUUCGCUCCAUCUUUUCGAAGCCUGUUGAGCCAGUCGAAGGUCUGCCGCGCUGGUUCCGCUUCAAUGUCGACACCGUUGAGAUCGACGAGUCUGCGCUGCCUGUGCUGGCAAAGUACCCGUGGUUCAGCCAAAUACGCCAUUUAUACGUCACGAUCCGGGAGAUGCCAAAUUGGCGCUGGUCGGAAGAUGUCAGGAGAAGAGCGCUGACAAGAUAUCCCACAUACAUCAGCACCGUCGAGGAACAUCUCCCUUUGCUGAAGGACGUCACGUUUGAUGUGGCGCGGGUGUACAAGGCUGUAGACGGACCCAGCCGUGCCAAAGACUUUUACUGGAUGGUCGCUUGGAGUAGUAUAUUUGAGCGAUGGCAUGGCGCUGGGUCUCCUGCCUCGCCGCCGGCGUCCCAUGCGCGGGUCAUCCGUCCGCAUCGAGCAGCGGAGGAGUGGCUGACGCCAACGAAUUUUCUAUGCCUGCUGAAGCAAUUCUUGGUUGAGAAUAUUGGAGUGGCCGUAAAUGGUUCUAUGAGACUCAAGGUCAUCAUGGAGGCUCCAGACGAGCACCUGGAGCGACCCGCAGACUUUCUGACAAGAAAUCGCCAUCAAUGGCAGGGCUAG